AUGGGAAGUUUCAACACCAGUUUUAGACACAGUUUCGUCUUGGUGGGCUUCUCUGAUUUUCCUCAACUAGAACUCAUUCUUUCUGUCUUCAUUUCCAUUUUCUACUCCCUAACUCUCUUUGGCAACUCUACCAUCAUUAUUCUUUCACAACUGGAUGCUCGACUUCAGACACCAAUGUACUUCUUCCUCUGCCAUCUCUCCUUCCUGGACCUCUGUUACACCACCAGCAUUGUGCCCCAGCUUCUGAUCAACCUCCAGGGAUAUGACAGAACCAUCAGCUACGGAGGGUGUGUGGCCCAGCUCUUCCUUUUCCUUGCCCUGGCCUCCACAGAGAGUGUGCUUCUGGUGGUGAUGGCCUUUGACCGCUAUGCUGCUGUGUGUCGUCCCCUGCACUACACCGCCAUCAUGCAUCCCCUUCUCUGCCUCUCACUAGCUAUUACUUCCUGGGUAGGAGGCUUCAUGAACUCUCUUAUUCAGACAGGCCUGAUGAUGGCUAUGCCCCUCUGUGGACACCAGCUGAACCACUUCUUCUGUGAGAUGCCUAUUCUCUUGAAGUUGGCCUGUGAGGACACAGAAGGAACAGAAGCCAAAAUGUUUGUGGCCCGAGUUGUAAUCUUGAUCUUUCCUGUAACACUAAUCCUGGGCUCCUAUGCAAACAUUGCUCAUGCAGUGCUGAAGACCAAGUCAAUGGCAGGAUGCAAAAAGGCUCUGGGGACUUGUGGGUCCCACCUUGUGGUAGUGUCUAUGUUUUAUGGUGCAGCCAUCUACACAUACUUACAACCCAAGGGCAGCUAUUCUGAGAGCAAGGGGAAGUUUGUGGCCCUUUUUUAUACUAUCAUCACUCCCAUGCUCAACCCUCUCAUUUAUACCCUGAGGAACAAGGAUGUGAAGGGGGCUCUGUGGAAGGUGUUAAGGAGAGGCACAGACUCAGGAUAG